AUGGCGCCUACAGCAUCGCAUCACAGCAUAUACUCACAAAGGCAAGAAGCACGCAGAAAUACGUACGACUCCUACACAGACGUCGACUUUAAGGAUCACGCAGCAACAGGACUGCCGUCACUGGUCGCGAGGCAACUUCUGUGGUCAAACACCAAUGUCCAUCGACACUUUCGUCCUCUGAACCUCAGGCUUCUUGUCGAUAAGGGGAUGAAACUCUCCUGCCUCGAAGACAAACUCGACGAACUCGAUAUGAAGACAAAAGAAGGGCUCAAGUCACUCCCAUUCGACAGGGAGAGAUUCAUUCAUCGCUGUCUCCAGGCCCCUGGGCAGGAGCCAGCGAGUGGGGAGAUGGUCGAGGAUGACUUGAUGUUGCAAAAGGAGAACCUCUUAGCACACGCUACAUCACUAUAUAAGGAGUACUGUGAGCUCCUCGAUCGGGAAUACGAUGCGCAGAAGUUCUUCAAGGUUCCCCUACCUACACACGAGAAGAUAUUCGCUUAUAUAAGAGACUUUCACGGUCUUGACGCCGAAGCGAUUGGCUACUUGCGGUACGCCGACGACUGCAUCAUGCUUGGAACUGAUGAUGUAUUUCAGCGCUUCGAGAACCUCUUGUACUCGAGAGCUGGUUGGGUCAUGAAAGGAAUCGAAUACCUUUCCAGCUUUCGCCGCCUCCCAAGCGCUGGUGCCGAGGAUCCGGGAAUGCCGGUCAACAUGCAGAAGUUCAGGUGGGUGCUGAAGGGCCUCGUGGCCCUGCUCAGCUCCUCACUCGUUCUACCACCGAUGGCGCUCCUCUACCUUGCGGACCUGUCCAAGCCAUGGCGCUUCGGGUUCGUGGUGAUAUUUGGCGCUCUGUUUACCCUUGUCAUCAUUACCGCCGAGUCCCGGGCGAACCAUGCUCUGGUGGCUAUUGCUGCGUACUAUGCGGUUCUCGCGAAGACGAAACCGACCGCGAAUGCGCCGACGCGAAACAAUGCUGGCAAGAUGGACGCGACCGACACGGCAGACCAGCUUCAUCAGCUUGAAGUCGCGCAGCAGACGCCCAUUGCCGAAUUAGGUCCCGAUCUUGCAGAGCUGCCAACUCGAUCUGUCCGGGGUGUUGCGACCAUCACCUGGCCCUACAACUCCGUCAAGAACACGUUCGCAUUUAUCCUUGCCGAGCCAGACUUUCGACUACGCCGGAACAAGGGACAAGUUCGCAUCAACUUUACCGGAGCAGCUGCCAAGGCGGCAGGGGAGUCUGGGCUGGGUAGCAGUGAUGAGAUUCUAAUAGGCUUGGAAGGUGUGACGUGGGAGGCUGAGGAGGUCAAGAGACGCCAGAGCUUGCCGGGUGCUGGAAGCGAGUGGCAGCUGAGUUUCUCCGACAAGGUUCUACUCCAGGUCAAAUCGAGCGAAAGUGGCGAGACAAAGCUCGUGACCAUACCCAGCGACGCGGCUCCCUGUGAACCUGAAUUACAACGCGAGCCUGCAGCGACUGAGAUGAGACUCGAAGACCCGCCAUCUCCACCAACUAUCCCUGAUUUCGCUACUCUCACGCCUGCUAAGGACCCUCGUGUGACGAGACUGGACGAUGGUGAAUAUGAGUCCCCGGCGUUCAUCAAGAGAGCGCGGGUCUCGUACGGCUCUAUCUUCGAGGGCGGAUUCGACGAUAUCUUCGAAGACGAUGGUAGGGUCAAGGGAGGGGGCCGUAAGAGAACUAGGUUUGGCAGAGAUAGCAGCGCGUGGCGCUAUACCAGCCAGUCUCCUAGCCCGGAACCCCCUGCAUUACCUAUCGGCGAUAUAACAAGUCACGACAAUGAACAAGUCAGCUCUUUUUCCAGACCAGAGAUGACCGACGAAGGAUGCCAAACAGUGGAGCUAGAUCUGGCCGUGCCUAUACCCACGUCAGUACCGAUAGAUACGACCUCAGAGACAGCCGCAGAUUUCAAGCCAACCCUUGACGUGUUGGUUGAGGGUGACCUCGUUGACCAUCAGCGAGGACACAUGGUAGAUCAAGGUGUUCAAGCGUUGCCUUCGAAUGGUUGGCCAUCGACAACACCAGCUUCAGCGCCGGCUCCAGAGCUCGGCUCAAUGUUUCCUACAUCCAACGCAUUUGGCGCCCCUGUCGCGAGUGCCAACCCGUUCCAGUCUAGUACACAAUUCGGCUCUAUGGGAAGCAGCUUUGGGCGCUCAUGGAACCCGAAUCCAAAUCCGAUUGGUCUUCUUGGAGCGCAUCCGGAGAAUGCGCCUGCACAAACUCCUACACCAACUCAUCGAGUCGAGUCCUUCCCGUCCCAAAGCUAUGGGCAUAUGGUCCAGGCAGAACGACCCGCGUCAUCCCACGCGCCUAGGUCGAAAAGUCGUACCGGAUCGCCCAACGGAAUCGAUGGGCCGAGCGGGUUCGCCGUCGAACGGGCCGAGCACAUUGAUCAAGAUCAUCGAUUUGGAGCAAUGGAGAAUCACACGACCGAAGCUGACCGUCCAAUAGUCAACUAUCCACCCCUCGAUGUAGAAGAUGAGGUAGAUGCCCCAAGAGCUCACGACGACUCUGUGACCGACUAUCCGCCGUCUUACCUGGACGACACUCAGCAAUCCCAGGCUGCAGUCGGAGAUGUCGAACGCGGUCCCUUAAACCUGGGAUAUCCCGUAGUAGCUCAUGUGGGAUCAUCUUCCUGGGCCACUGUCAACAACUCUUUCCAAGCCACUGCAAUGCAACCAACCGACCGUCUGGGUAGUACAGAUGGCUCAACACCCGACCAAGCAUUCGUCAUCGAUGAGAGUGACUCAGAUGAGGAUCCCACCCCAAUCCCAACUGCUGCCGAGGAUACCAUCGAGGGUGGCCGAGCUUAUGCACUAGAAAUGUACGCUGAUGCAGAGGUCGAAGACGACGUCGAUGCGCAAUACUCAGAUGACGACGAGCCCGAGUACGACGCAGACGAGAUGGGUGGCGACUAUGAUGCGAGGAUCUAUCAACGACCAGAUGACGACGAGGAUGAUAGUCACGACGAGGACCUGCAACCGCGUCGUUUCGAGCCUGAAUUUGCGGAUGGUGAAAGCUAUGACGAAGAUGAUCUGGAUGAGGAAGACGUUGGUAGCUAUGAGAGCGACUACGACAUGGAAGACGAAGAGCCACAGCGACCACUCCAAUCCAUGCCACAAUCGAACCCGACGGUCAUUGAUCUAAUUUCCUCGUCUGAAGAUGAAGGAGAAGCAGAAGAGGACGAUGAAGACGAAGAUGAUGGCCCAGACGAACGGGUCGAGGAUGUCACAGAAGCCGCCGAUGAUCGGGAAGCUCGCCACUAUAUACCUCAGCUACAAAGGCAUUUACAGCCGUAUUUGAGUCAGCCGCUACAUGGACGACAAGGUUUCUCCUUCGAACAACCGAGACAAUCUCCAGAACGUACGACAUUAAGUACAGGCUCUGAGGCCAGACUGGGCCACGCAAUAGUUCAUUCAAAUGGCAGGGAACCGUCUGGAGUUGAAGAUGACAUUAAACGGAAUUGGGAAGGGGGGGAGACGUUUGAAGCUUUCGACGAAGAAGAGGAUGAAGAAUCUUUCGACGGCGAAGAGGAGGAUCAAGAGUCUUCCGACGGGGAAUCACAAGAAGAAGCGGGUACAUAUGGCAAUGCAGAAGGUCCAGACGCCUCCAUAACCCAUCACGCAUCAUCUCCCCAAGAGUCUCCAGUACCCAUCACCCAGGGCGCCACUGGUACUCAUGAGAAUAAUGACUUGGAGGAUGUCGGACAAAUUGAUGAUAACGUGGCUGUCGUACCACAAUCUGCAGCCGAAGGACUUGAAAUACUUAGUCGAGCGGUCGACAGCGAAUCGUGUGCCAACUCUUGGGUCGAGUCGGCUGAGGAGAUGGUCGACCGCAUUGCGGAGACAGUUGAGGAGAUGCUGACCGAGGGGAAUGGUUCUCAGGACGCCGAUGUCUUGAUGCUGGAGAGAUACAGCACUCCGCAAAUCGAAGCCGAUCUCCCAGGCGUCAGCGAGGGCGAGGAAGAGGUUGACAUGAUACCUACACCCUCAAAGACCAACUCUAUGACUGGUCCAAUUGACAGCGAAAACCAAGAGACCGCAUUUCACGAUCCUUCCUCUCCCCCAUUAACCCAUUCGUUUCGGUCGAAUAUGGCAGAGGAUCGGGUAGGCACUAUUUUAGAAGAGCAUGCGAGCAACGACGAUUCUCAAGUGGUAACGGACCAGCUUCCGACACCGCUAGACACCCAACCUACCGACAGUGCGAUACUCGAGGCUGCCUUUCCGCCUCUGCCAAUGGAAAUGGAAAUGGAGGUGUCGCAAGAGAGCGGAGAGUCCAGGGAGGUUAUUGAGGAAGACAUUACUGAGGAAAUCGUCACUGAGGAAGUCAUCACGGAGACAGUCGGCGCUGAGACAGUCGAUACUGAGGAAGUCACCACUGAGGAAGUCACCACUGAGCCAGUCCGCACUGACACGGAGAUGACUGAAUCGAAUCUCACUGAGGCCAACAUUGAAGAGAUGUCUUUACAUAUGGAAGACUCUACGCUUCCGGAGCGGCCUACGGCUGAAGACGAGGACUUCACGGUCAUUGAAGUUGCAACUGAAGUUAUCCGGGAGCAGCAUGAGUCUAACCCCGAGCAAGUCUCGGAACAGAAAACUGAUCCGGUUCAUCUGUCCGUCGCUUCACCGGCCUUGAGUUUCCAGACUCAGGUUGAUAAUGACGACAUGAUGCAGACCGAAGCUCUCGAGGAAUCACCCCAGUCGACCACCAAAGUCCACGUCGAAGUCCGCGAAGGUACUGAAGCAGGGUUAUCAGGUGUCAGCUGGUCUUUCAGAUCACAGAUGGAGAUCGACGAGGAAUUGCAAGCAAGCAUCAUGGAUGACUCGCAAGAAGUCGACGACUUACCCAUGCAGCCCCUUGAGAUACAGCCGAUUCCCGAAGAGCAACCUCAUGUUCAGAGUCCAGACCACCAAGACGAAGCAAACGAAGCCGAUGAGCAAGCCAUGACCGAUGAGCCUGCUGCAGCAGACGCGCCCAAAGCAGCAGACGCGCCCAAAGCAGCAGACGCGCCCAAAGCAGCAGACGCGCCGGCCCCAGCAGAUGAGUCAGAUGAGCAAGAAGCAGUAGACGGGCCAGACGAGCAAGAAGCAGCAAACGGACCAGAAGCAGCAGCCGAGUCGGACGAGGAAGAAGCAGCAGACGGCCCAGAUAGGCCCUACGAUGCAGACGACGCAAGUACUUCGGAACCAGUGAGUGACAUGGGUGAAGAGCCUACGGAAAAGCUAGACACAAAUGCAAUAUCAGCUUCACCAGUCCUUGGCGCAACCUCACGGAAGCUGCCAACAACUAUGACACUAUCCCAAAGAGAACAACCCCUCCUUGAUUUCCAAAUUGAUAUAGACACUUCCGAGGAAUCUGACGAUACUCCGACCGAAAUGGACCCCAGUGUGCAGCUCGCACGAGCAGCCAAUGCCUCGAAACGGAUCCCCAAAUCUCGCGAAGCUACGCCCGAGACCACUCGUCCGCAUACAAGGUCUCUCGAUGCACACCAGAGUCCAACAUCUGAAGUUGAGGAUUCGAGUGUGCAACUGGCAAGAGCAUCUCUCAACAAACCAUCCGAAUCGGAGGAUGAAAGCAUGUCCAUGGCAGAGGUCAAGCUACAGCUGGGGCGACACAUGCGGGCCGAGCUCCCCGAUUGCACAUCGCUGAAGGUCCUACGACAACACGUAUCCAAGACACUGGAUGUGAUUGCGGUCGCGACAAUGCAGCCGCCGGAACCACGACGAGCAAAGGGAGGGCCCCGCGAGUUCAUGAUGUCAUUCACGAUCACGGACCACUCGAUUGGUCCCUACGCAGUGGCCGAGGUUCAGCUCUAUCGGCCGCAUAAGGAGGCCCUUCCAAUCGUCAAGUGGGGCGAUGUGGUGCUUCUUCGCAAUUUCAGGGUGACGUCUCUUCCGAAGAAAGGAUAUGGUCUGAAAACUACCGAGGGGUCGAGCUGGGCCGUCUUCGACAACAAGGGCGAGCCAGCGCAGAUUAAGGGUCCUCCCGUCGAGUAUGGUGAAAGCGAGACGAAGUAUGUCGCCUACAUGCGCGAGUGGUUGAGUCUACUCGACGACAAGGCUAAAGCGACGUUGGAGCGGGCCAAUCAGAAGAUCAUCGCCGCGGGCAAAUCCAAGUAG